AAGGGAGGGAAUGUAAUAAGUAGUGAGUAGUGAGUAGUGAGUAGUGAGUGGGGUUUGAGGGAUAAGGGGAAAAAGGAAAAAGGAAAAAGGAAGAAGAUGAAGGGGAUAAGCGGAGGUGGAAGUCGAACGGUGCUGAUAACAGGAGUCGGGAAAGGGCUUGGAAGAGCCCUGGCCCUUGAAUUGGCCAAUCGAGGUCAUACCAUAAUCGGCUGUUCCCGUUCUCAGGAUAACCUCAAUUCCCUCCAAUCCCAACUCUCCUCCUCUUCUUCCAAAAACCACUUGUUCCUCAAUGCCGACGUUGUUCGUUCUCGUUCUCGUUCUCGACCUCCUUCUCUUUUUCCUUCCUUUCUCUUUCUCACAAUCACACUCCAUUUUGUGUUAUUUCAGCGGUCCAAUGAGAGCGUGGAAGAGAUGGCCCGACUCGUCAUGGACAACAAGACUGUUCCUGACAUUAUAGUGAAUAAUGCAGGUACCAUCAACAAGAACAACAAGAUAUGGGAGGUUCCGGCGGAAGAGUUCGAGGCCGUGAUGGAUACCAACGUCAAAGGGACGGCGAAUGUGUUGCGGCACUUCAUUCCUCUGAUGAUAACGGCCAAGAAGGUGGAAGCCAUAAUAGUCAACAUGUCUUCCGGAUGGGGAAGGUCGGGUGCGGCGCUGGUGGCUCCCUACUGUGCUUCCAAGUGGGCAAUAGAAGGGCUGAGCAAGGCCGUCGCAAAAGAGCUGCCCGAAGGGAUGGCGGUGGUGGCGCUCAAUCCCGGCGUAAUCAACACCGACAUGCUCUCCUCUUGCUUUGGCGCAUCUGCUUCUCUCUAUCAAACUCCUCAGGCAUGGGCUCUCAAAGCAGCAACCAUGAUUCUCAAUCUCACCCCCGCAGACAAUGGCUCUUCUCUCACCGUCUGAUCCAGUACAAAGGAUUGCUGCACCUCAACACCAUCCAAUAUGUUCCUUCAUUUUGGUUUUUAAUUGACCUAUUACUCAUGUCGUUCAUUACAUUUUUUAAACAUAUUCUCAAGAAAUGCCCAUUUUACUAAAAGUGACUUAAACAACUAAAUCAUAAAUAUAUAUCAACCACUACUAGGGAAAGGGAAUUACUCUCCAACUUUGUAGCAAUUCACUA